UUCACUCUGUAGCUUUGCCCAGCCAGAGGAGUCACAGCCAUGGCUCUGCCUGGACGGCUGGAUCUCUGCUGGGCGUUGUGCUGUGUUUUACAAGGUGUGAAGCCAGCAGCACCUCUCCAGCCCAUUGAAGUGGACCUCUUUCACUCUAAGUCCAACGUCAUCUCCAUCAAAGACCACCGCAAGUGGGCGGUCAAUCACUUUGCCCUGGAGACGAACUCGUCGCACUUGAUGUAUCAGAGCUGCCCGACAGACACCCGCGCGCAGCAAGACCGCGGGGUCCUGUGGACGGACCCGAUCCGCACCGCGGGCGCCAGCCACCUCUUCCUGGACCUGACCUUCGCCCUCUCGGCCUGCCAGCCGCCCGGGGAGUGCAGAGACAGCUUUGAGCUGAGCUUUCUCCAGACCGACAGGGGUCGCGGCCGACCCCAUUCCUGGCGGCCGGUCGGCAUCCCGAUCGAAGCCGAGCAGCGCGUCCCCAGCGAGCUCCUGGAAGGGCCCAUUGACUGGAUGAGCCUGAGGAAGAGGCUGAACGUGGUCAGGGGCAGGCUGCUGGGGCCGGUCACCCACCCCUACUGCAGGCUGGGUUUCGCAUACCGGGGGCCCUGCCUCCUGCUCAGCUCUUUCAGAGUCUACUACAAGAGGUGUCCGCAGGUCAGGGAGCACCUGGCCGUGUUUCCUCAGACCACCGGGAGCGGGGAGCCGGUCGUCGGCCGCUGUGUGAACAACUCGCAGCUGGAGGGGGCCCCGGUGCGGCGGUGCCACAAGGAAGGGACGUGGGGACCCGUCUCAGGCCGGUGCCUCUGCAGAGGAGGCCAUCAAGUGGAGAGGGACGCCUGUAACGCCUGUAAAAUCGGAUUCUACAAGGACAGCGUGGGGGACGCAGCCUGCGCGAGAUGCCCGGCAAACAGUCACUCAGAUGUCGAGGCUUCUGACUUCUGCCCCUGUCUGAGGGGCUACGCCAGGAACAGGACGGACACCCCUGCAGCGCCUUGCUUUGCCAUAGACUCGGAGAGUGGCCCCGCCUCCUCCAACACCACCGUCAACAUGAUCGUACGGCAGGACAGCAAGACUUGGAUGGUGCUGGCGGUGAUCGGGGGGGCAUUUCUGCUGGGAUUACUUGCCCUUGGCCUGAUCUUCAGCUGGAGACGGAAAGCGACCAAAGAGGAAGAAGCAAGGAACAGAUUGCAGCUGGUUCCGGCCAGUCCGGCAAGAACCUUUCGGAAGCAAGCGAAAGCGCACAGGUUGAAGCUCUUGGGAAUCAGCAGCUCUCUGAGACUCAACCUGGAGAAGGUGAUGGUGGAUCGGCGUUCCCUGUCCCUGGCCCAGCUUCUCGGUACAGGAGAGUUCGGCUCCGUCUACUGCGGGACGCUGACGCAAACCGGUGGCUUUGGCUCGUGUGUCGCGGUGAAGAUGAUGAAACAGGGUCUUUAUUCGAAGCCGGAACUGGAGCUGUUCCUGAGGGAGGCAGAGCUGAUGCAAGCCUUCGACCACCCAAACGUCCUCAGACUUAUCGGGGUGUCGAUCGAGGACUGCCUCGAGGAGCAGGUGCCGGUUCCAAUGGUGAUCCUCCCCUUCAUGCCCCACAGAGACGUCCGCAGCUUCCUCCAGAGGCACCGAAGAAACGCCGAGCAUUUGCCAGUGCAGAUUCUGUUGAAGUUCAUGGUGGACAUAGCCGCUGGGAUGGAGUAUCUGAGUAAUCGAGGCUUCCUGCACAGGGACCUGGCAGCUCGGAACUGCAUGCUGUGCGGUAGCAUGCGGGUCUGCGUGGCGGAUUUCGGCUUGUCCAAGAAGAUCUACGCCAGCAACUACUACCGCCAGACGGCGAUUUCGAAGAUGCCGGUGAAGUGGAUGGCGAUGGAGAGCAUGGCAGAGAUGAUCUUCACCACGAAGAGCGAUGUGUGGGCUUUUGGAGUGACGAUGUGGGAGAUUGCCACCCAGGGGAUGACACCGUACCCUGGCGUACAGAACCACGAGAUGUAUGACUUCCUACGGGCAGGGCACCGGCUGAAACAGCCGCCGGAUUGUCUCGACAGACUGUACCACCUCAUGUUCAUCUGCUGGUUCCCGAAACCAGAGCAGCGCCCGACCUUCGGCGAGCUCAGUCUAAGGCUCCGGGAGCUCCUCUCCGCCCUGCCCUCCCUGGACGACCAGGACGUGGCCCACUACAUAAAUACUGGAGCCAAGGGGGCGGCGGACAAGCGCGCUGGCCGGCCGGGUGAGGUGGAGAGCGCCUACGCGGUGGAGCCGGACGAUGACAAGGAGAGGGACCUCCGCGGAGGGAGGUUUUGAGCGGAUUGUGGGGGCACAACCCGGAUUGGUGUGGAUUGAACUUUCGGAGCGCGCAAUGGGGCAUAACUUUUCCUGGCGUCGUUGUUCCCUGAACGUUAUCUGCUUUCGACAAAGAGGUUCACGAUGAUGAUGGAGCACGAAGAGUUCGCUGCCGAAAGGACGAAAUACCUUCCGCAACCUUCAGCCACUUCCGUGCGUGCUCUCUGAAGACGGGGGCAAAGUUGGAAGAGGGGACUCAAUGGGAUUGCCUUCUCUAAACUUACAGCAAGCAUCCGCAGAAAGAGAAACUUAACAUUUCAAUUGAAGUGCCUGUUUUGCUUUUAAUCCAGCUUUCGAGACGCCGCAGUUUUCUUUUUCCUUUUCGCUUUCAGAACCCAGGCCUGGUUGCUCAGGGGCUGACAAAAAGAAAACACAGGAGCAAGUUCCUUGAGGUGUUGGAGUUGCCCAGAAACAACCAGCAGGGUCCGAUGGUGGCUCCAACCGCGUAAUUGCCUCGUGUGUUGCUAAUGCGUGGCGUUGUAAUAGCUCAUGAGUGCCACCAGGUGGUGCUGACGCAGUAGGGAUGCGCCAGACCUGGUCACUGAUUCUUCCCAGCGCAAACAGAAUGGGAAUCGGGUUUAUUAUCAUUGGAAGAAAUGUCGUGAAAUGUGUUAUUUUGCAGCGGCAGUGCAGUGCAAUAAAGAAUUGAUUUGAAACUUAUGUGAAAGAAAAAUA